AGCGACACUCCAACAACGGUUUUCGACACUUAGAAACGUUUCCAAAAGAGUAAUGAAUUUAGAAACAUAAAGUGUUUUGAUGACUCGUACAGUUUUUGUAGCAGGCAGGCAAUAACUCCCUUCUAGAUUUGUUUUGUACGCCGUGAAAAAUUUAUGACCUCGAUACCAACAGCGAAGACAAGAAAAAGCUGUGCCGCACCACGAGCACGACUCUUUGUGCGAUUGCGUACACCGACACCAUUGUGUGUCACCACAUGAUAUGCCUAUGCUGAAUCAUACAGAUAAAGAUAUCUGGUAGAAGUUUUUCUUCCCCUAUUAGUACAUCAAGAUGGCCACAAUCGAGGCGCUGCGAAAGGCGGAGCAGGCUUUCCGGGCUCUGGACGAGUGCAGCGAGGCAAAAGAGAAGCUGAAUCUGCUGCUCCGCAUUGAAAAGUUCGUUCUGGUAGACGACCCCAGUUACCGGUGCAUCGAGGCGGUGCUGCAAAAUUUUUUGCACCUCCGCCACUAUGACUCGCGGCCGCCGCCGCUCCGGCGCUACCUGGCGUACUUUCUCGAGCAGGUGGCGCUGCGAAAGUCAAAAAUGGCGCUGCGGUGCGUCCCCGCCUGCAUCUCCUUGUUGGAAGACCCGGACAGCCUGACGAGGCAGAUCGCCAUCCAGUCCGCCCGCAGUUUGCAGAGCCGCGCUCUAUUACUGAUCGCAAAAGCGAGUUCGGCGCAGAGCAGCAACGUAGAGGCCGCGUGCCAGGCCUUGGCGCAGCUGCAGGAUCGGAUCUGGAAAAUUCUGGAGUACAGCGUGCAAAACCUCGCCAACGACCAAAGUAAGAGCACGCCGUUCCACCAAGCCUGUCUCUUUAUCGCGCACCAAAUCAUCAUCACCACCUCAUCCGCGGUCUUCGUGCGUCCCAGCAUCGGCGCGGAGCAGCGCGGCGUAGCGAGCAUCGAGGACAUCCCCCCAAACGACUUUCUGUCCCCCACACACCUCAUAUGACAAUGCACAACUCCAUCUCAUCCCCCCCAUUUGUGAUGCAAAAUACCAAAUCCACUCUUGGCUUAUUUGUGGCACUACAUGCAUGACAAGUUUUCGAAGCCCAAAGUAGUGCCCUACAAUCCACCGCGCGUGUAUUUGUCAUGCGACAGCCACAUUUGUACCACUGCUUGUGUUGCCCUUCAUGCUACAGAAAUGAGGGGGAGGGGGAGUUGUGCACUGUCACACCUCACCGAGCGGGCCACGGAGCGGCUGUCCGGGCUAAUCACGCUUCUCGACCAGUGCCUGACCCAGCCCCAGGCCCAGAGCAACCCGGACCACGUCAUUUCCCUGUUGGACGCGCUGUCAGUCAUCGGUCGGUACCGGCCGCAGAUCUUGUCUCGCGUCUUGGAGGCCUUCCAAAAAUGCAUCGGCCAGGACCCCUGGCUCGACACUUUACUAUCGUUUCACGUGCGGUAUCACAUGCAAAAAUGUCUGGGUCUGGAACAAAUCAACUUGUCAUGCUAUAUCUGAAUGAUGUAAAAAUCUGUGUUGCGUGAUUACCAAAAGCUGUCCACUUUUAACCUAAUCGAGAGGCGGUUUCUCAUGCAGGAUAGGCAUGAUAGAACUCCCACAGAAUCUCUCAUGCUAUGUCCUUCAUACCAGACCUCAUGGGUCAUGGAAAACCUGCGUGACAAGUCUGGCACUCUCCCAGACCCAGACACUUUUGCAGUUGAUAUGCGGUCCUUUCUCGCGUGUCCGCUCGACGGCGACUACCACGCGACCUGCGUCCACGUCUUGAAGCGGAUCGACCCGACCAGUGCGGGUAAAAUAAAAACUGCUUGAUGAAUUUUCUUGUUGCUUUGUACUAGUAGGUUGAUGAUUCAUCUGCUUUGAUGUCGCUGUAAAUUUAUAUAUCUUGUUCGGAAGUAGGACAUGAUGUUUUAUCAACGCCGAUGCGGGUGCGACGACAGAAAGCCGCGAUGAUAUGAAUAAGCUUUUUAUUGUGCUGCAUGUUGACUUGCAUGAUCUCCUAAUUGCAGUAUUCUGAGUAUUUGCAAUUCCACCAAGCUGCUCCUGCUGCAUUCUAUUUUAGGUCUUCCCAUGGAGAAUUUGAUUGCGGUGGCGCGGCAGGAUCAGCUGCGCGCGAAAUAUUCCGAGAAGCGACGCAACCCAUUGGUGCAGGAGAUUCUGGAGUAUCCACAUGAAAUUUUCCGUACACGUACAGACGCUGUUCCUGCAUGACAAAACUUGCCUUCAGCAUUAGGCUACUUAGUCAGCAUGACAAGUUCUUUGACCCGACUCCACCAGGUUAAUAGCGAAAUCAUUUGUCAUGUAUUUUGUGCAUGUACGGGAAGUUUGUAUUGCAUACGAAGCUGCCCUUUGAUGGCGACACGCUGCUGGGGACGGAGCAAGUCGUGUCCGCGUCGGAAUUGGUAGAAACCGACCAGACCAAGUACGUCGAACCGUAUACACUGAUGACUCUGCGGCUGAACCCCAAGGACGCGGCUCGCGUGUGCCUCACCGGCUUGGAAAAGCAGCUCGACUCGGCGAAGACGUUUGAGCAGCCGCUGCGCGCGACGAAGGAUCUGGAGGCUUUGCCGAGUACCGGAGGCGCCGCGGUAGCUGGCGGCGGAGGAAAAGUGGGAACCCAGGGGGCCGCCACCCUCGUUCCCGGGAGCGGCAAGGUAGUCACUGCGGACUCCUUCCUGGACGAGGCCGACCAGGAGGUGGCGGACCCGCGGGCGAGGAAACGGCAGAAGAUUAAGGAUAGCACGAAGGAGCAGUACCUGGACACCACGGUGACGCAGUUCGAGGGGUCGGCAGGGCAGCAGCAGAUCCAGGGUAUGCAACAGAUGGUCUUUCACGAGGUGCUGCAGGCCCGGUCCCGGAUGAUGCGGAGUCUGCAGGCCAGCUGCGUGGCCUAUCAAAUGCAAAAAUGUCUGGGUCUGGAAACUUGUGAUGCCGGGUGGCGUAUCAUGAGGAGGCCACAAGUGCUGGCUCAGCAUGACAAGUUUCUGAGCUUCUAGGUGUUGCCUCUUCUCUAGAGGUUGUGCGGGAUAUUCAGUUUUUGUUAUCCCGGGACAUUUGUGUUCCUUACCCACUUCCUCAUUUCCUGGUUGACCAGUUGGUAUGGUCGACUAUAGGUGCCACCCUCGUUUCUCACCUCCAGGGGCCCUGGGCUCACCUCACCAGUGAUGUUUCACUUGGCGGAAGUUGACAGGGUUCUACGAGCUAUUUUGGGUGUCUAUUGUCUAUUGCCUCUUCCGCAUGACAAACUGCGUUUCUGCAUGACAGAAAAAUAGGGCUCUUGGGUAAUGUGCAUGACAAAUUCAAGAGUCAUGUGAGACAAGCAUGACAAACUUGCAUUCUUCCAGACCCAGACAUUUUUACAUUUGAUAUGGCCGACUCAGCGCUGAAACAGUUCGACCAGAUGAAUAACCGUGUGGUUUCCCACCUCGCCAGUUUCAUCGAAGACCCUCUGUUGGAGGAGGUGUUUUACGGGAAAGCCAUCGGCAAGGCGCUGGUGAAAUCGAACGAUAUCCUGUGCACAAGUACCGUACUCGUAUCUAUAAAUGCAGGUCUUGCAUGACAGAUCUGCUUUUUUAGCUUGUUCUGCAUGACAAAUUUCAUUUUUCCUUAAACGAAAAAUUUGUCAUGCGUUUUGUACUAGUCCGAUGCUUUUGCAAUGCAUAAACGACACGUGGCAGCAAGACAUCCUGCCCCUCUUCUAUGCCAAGUACGCCUCCACGAUCCAGCGUACCAUGGAGGACCGGUCCCGGCUCAAGGUCGCGUAUCAUAUGUAAAAACGUCCCCACACCAGAGUCAAGAUGGGAACGUAGCAACACAAAUCGACGAGUUUUGGGAGCCACGCAUGACAACUUGCAGUCCGUAGAGUAGUGCAUGUUACUAGCAACGACAACCGCAUCACGAAUCCAUCUGCCUAUCCUGUUUACAGCAUUACGAAUUCCAAAACACGAUUGGAAACGCCUCUCAAGGAGAUGCGCAUUACAAAUCUUCCUGUAAUCGCAAAUCUGCAUGACAGCUCUGGGGUGGGGACAUUUUUCCUCAGGAUAUCGCGCUGGAAGUGGCCAGCGACCACGACUUCAGCUAUGCGAGCUUGUUCUAUCACAGUGCACAACAUGCUACUCCCCCUCGUUCUCAUUUCUCAUGCAAAGCACCCAAUCCAGCACACUUUCCCUCCUUUCACUAUUAUGCAUGACAAGUUCUGGUAGCCCAAAUAGCGCGACAAUCCAGUCGUGCAAUUUAAAUUUGCCAUGCAAAACCGGCAGUCUUGCUGAUGCUUGUGUUGCCCUUCGUGCUGAUAUACUACCAAUGAGGGGGAGGUGGGGGAGUUGUGCGCUGUCAUAUGUUCGACCUCUUUCUGCGCGUGUACGCCAAACAGUUCGGGACCGUGACGAAAAAGGAGCUCCGCGAGUUCUUCGGCCUCCUGCCCUACCUCCCCGAGUCGUUGUUCGCGAAGCUGGAGGGCCAGUGCCACCACGAGGGCACGCGGCGGCAGGCGCUGAUCACCUGCUUCUACGUGGCCGAGAAGUUUCCGCAGGCCCGCGCGCAGGCGAUGCGGGUGCUGUUCAAGAUGGCGUACACCCAUCUGAGCGAGGGCCCGAUCACCGACGAAUCCACCUGCCAAACCGCGACCCGGUUUCUGGUAUCCACAGUAAAUUUCCCGUACACGUACAAACGCAGUCUCUGCAUGACAAAACUUGCCUUCAAACCUAGUCCAGCAUGACAAGUUGGACUCUGCAAGGUAGCGAAAUUUGUCAUGCAUUUUGUACAUGUACAGGAAAUUUACAUUGCAUAUCUGGCCGGAAAAGUCUACUCGCCGCAAGACAUGCUUUCGAAGAAGAAAACGGAGGAGGAAGGGGGGGAAGCUGGAGUCGUAGAACACCAAGCUUCCUCCUCCUCGUCAUCCACGACAGGAGCUGCCCAGCACCAAGUGGCCGACACGAACAUGAACAGCGUGAUUGCGCUGGAUGCGCUGAAAGGCAAGGACCUGGAGGAUCUCGCGACGCAGAUGCUGCGGAGUAUGGUCGGGUACCAGAAGUUUGGCGAAACGCUGCAUCUAUGCAUUGGAAAAGCAUCGUACUCGUACUAAUCGCAGAGGACGCAGUCGUGCAUGACAAAUUUAGCUGUUAAGGUAAAUCCGCAUAUACAAAUUCAAUUUAAUUUGUAAUGCUAAGCCAAAGUGUCAACAUGCGAUUUGUACUAUGACGAUGCUUUUGCGGUGCAUAGCCUCCCUCCGGGUACGUGCGGCAGAUUGUCGAGGAGAUUCUAAACAACCCCCACGUCGUGCCGGGCACGCAGCGCCACUGGCUGUUUUUAGCCAUGAGCAUCAAGAAACCGUUACUGCUCACACAGCUGCUGGAGGUCUACUCGAUCGCGGAGCAACAGGCCGGCCCUCUGGAUAUGAAAGCCUCGUCAGGUUGGAAAUCCUCAAAGUGGAAAUAAUUUGUAAUGCAAAAAAACGGCUCCAGUUGAAGUGCCAUUUCUAGUCGGCGCAUGGCAAAUUUUCCGGGCACUCAAAGCAUGUCUGUCAUGCUAGGUAGGCAAAGGGGUGCCCUUUUCUCGUGCUAAUCAGCAGCCCAAUUCUGAACCCCUAGCAGGACAAUAGUCGGUCUCCAUUGUCGUGUCCUCUGCAAUACAGUCUUUUUCGCCUUGCAUUUCAUGCGUCACAAAUUAUUUCCACUUUGAGGAUUUCCAUUGUGAGGCUUUCAUACUGGAGGCUGUGAAGGACACCCUCGCGGAGCACAUUGGCGAGGCCGUGAAGCUAUCAAAUGCAAAUAAAAGUAUCAUGUCUACUGGUGGGCCUGGAUCAUGUAGUUGCGUGCAGAUCUCUGGCAUGCUGGUUUUGCUUCAUCACCCUGCACAACUUGGUCUGGCAUGCAAGUUGUCCUAGCACCACAUUUUUUUACAAGGCCUGCCAAUAAAUUAUGCCUAAAUGAUCCGCAUGGGCAUCGGCAUGAGCAGAACUCAUACAAAUACAAGCGUCCUCUUUAUUCGGUGACAAGAAGCGCAACAGCGGGAGGCUUUUGCUGUUUAUGCAUGACAGAUUUUCGUACAACGAUCUGAAAUGCGCCGCGUCACGAGUCUGCAUGUCUCCAACUCCAGACGAUCCAUAGUACUACGUACACAUUUGCAAUGCAUAGAAGCACAUUGACCCCGAGGCGCAACAGGGGACGGAGCUGCUGGAGGUGAUCGGCGCCACGGAGCGGGUGAACGCUAUGGCAUUCUCAACUGUUACAUUCUCAACUGUUACGUGGAUUUGUGAUGCAAGAAUUGGAAAAGUGAAAGGGGAGAGGUUGGCUUUGCACAGAUUUAGGUGCUGUUUAGCCCUUCGCAAAUUUGUCAUGCGAAGCAGCUUUCCAGUGUGAAUCUUGAUGGUAGUUCUGCAUGACAAAUUCAUGUAACAGUUGAGAGUGUAACGGUUGAGAGCGCCAUAAACGCGCUCGACCUGGUCGGAAAAAUGCUCCAGAUUUUGCUGCAGGAGCGACUGGACACGUACGCGCAGGCGAGCACCGACGAGGAGCGCAAGGCGCGCCCCAUGAACCUGCCUUUCCGGUUUCGCGACGUGGUGUUGGCCAAGUACGAGAGUCUGGGCAACCCGCGCCUGCUGAUGCCGAUCAUCGCCCUGGUCCCGCGGAACGACUGCGUGCGGUACUUAACCGAUUUGCUGACGUCGAGCAAGAUGAGCGGGGAAGACGUGAAGUGGAUCAUUCGCCACCUGGUCCGGAUAUCCUGUGCAAAAGUAUCGUAUUCGUAUGAAUGAGAAUGUGAAUGCAAGUCUUGCACUACAAAUCUUUGACUUAAGGCAAAUCCGCAUGACAAAUUUUAUUUCUCACGCUGGGGGAAUUUGUAACGCAUUCAUACGACGAGUACGAUAUUACUUUUGCAAUGCAUAUCGGAGUUCCAACCACGAAACCUUGGUGGGGGAGGUGGACGCCAACUGUCUGGGGGUCGCGGUAUUCUGUGCAAAAGUAUCGUACUCGUAUUGCAGUCAUGCAUUACAAAUCCUUUUGUUAAGGUAAAUCCGCAUUACAAAUUUUAUUUCUCAUGCCGAGGAAAUUUGUAAUGCAUUUAUACGAAUACGAUACUUUUGCAGUUCAUACGCGGAGCUACUCAGCGAAAUCCACCAUUUGAACACGACCUUGUGCGACCUGGUCCCGUAUCAAGUGCCAAAAAUGUCUGGGUCUGGAUGUGAUGCGCAUUUCACAACACAGACAAAUCUCUCAUGCACAGGCAGCAAAAGGCGCCCACUUCCUGUCACCAAAAUGGGGAAUUUGUCAUGCGGAUUAAGCAAUUCGGAAGCUACUUCUCGAAGUCUGUGAUGCUAGGGCUUCCAUGACAGACAUUUUGUGUCAUGCAAAAACAGCAUGACAAAAAUCUGCAUUCUUCCAGACUCUCCAGACACUUUUGCAAUUCAUAUCCCGACCGCCAAGGCGGUGAUUUGUCUGAACACGAUGCACGAGCUGCUCGAGGCCGACGAAAUUGAUGUCUCGCGGUACGUGUUCGCGCUCCAGAGUCUGGCGGAAGAGGAGGAAGAGGCGGUGGGGUUCCCCACCUUGAUGUUCCGGACGUUGAUUCGACUGCAGAAGCACACUAUCAAAUGCAAAUAUAUAAAUAUGUAGUCUGGGUCUGCCUCUGGAAGAUUACGAGAUUUGUCAUGCAGUUUUUCCAAGUUCCACCAAGUCUGGAAUGCAAAGCAUAGCAUCACAGGUAGUUCUGCAGCGCCUUGGCGAUGCCUAUACUGCAUGAGAAAUGCUGCCCUCUCAGCAUGGCCAGAAUAAAUGGGGACCUUUUGCAAGUCACGCAACACAGAUUUUUGUAUGAUCCGCAACACGCGUCACAAGUUCGCAUCCUUCCAGACCCAGACACUUUUCCAGUUGAUACACGCCGACUUCUUAAACGACUUCAUUUCGACCGAGAUUCUCCCCGCGCUGGUGAAGAAGCCGAUCAUCUUUUCCGAGAAACACUCCCGGUUGCAGGAGGGCAUCCGGUGGUCGAUCAAGUAUUCCUUCGAAAAGGCGGCCGACAAGCGAGUGCCGGCGAAGGUCUUGUCGCUCCUACCGCUCCAGCAGUUGGAGGACCAGUUGGCGCAGUUUCCCGAGUGGAAAAACUAUCUGAAGGAGUACUGCGCGACGCAGCCGCUGCACCUGAUCCCGCACCACGUGAGGCAGUUGCUGCAGUGAACCAGGACGAGCUGAGGAGAUGCCGCUGUUUCGUGUGUGGCGGGGUAGAAGUCUUGCUAGGUGAUCCACCAGACGAUGAUAUUGGGGAACAGAACGGAAUAUCCCACUUUCGGUUUCGUCCUUCUUGUCACUUUGAAGCCAACAUUGAGACGUCGAGGACCACCAAGAAGUUCUUGUACUAGGCCGAAAUGAAUUUAAAUCAACAGCUGCCUCUGUUGUAUUAUAUUAAAAAAUAAUAUGCGUCUACUCCACCGAAGAUCAUGUGAUGGACCUUGAUGUGUCCAUUGUACUGCAGCCGAGGAGGUCCGCAGAGCUCCUUCGACUGGUCUGUAAGCUUAAGGU